AUGCUGGAGACGUACCACAAGUAUUCAAAAGCCGGGAUCCGAUCCAUUGAGAUACCAGCAGACGUUUCUCGCGCCGCCGAAGCCGCUCGGUUGGUCAAGAGAGGAAGUGUCCAGGCCAACCCCAACCAUUACGACUCUUACUACCUGUCGCCGGUCAAUGUUGGUGGUACCGUCCUCAACAUGCUCAUAGGCACUGCAAGUGCUGAGUUUUGGGCGUACUCCAAAGAUCUACCCACGAGUACACGAGGUGAACACCAUGUGUACACGCCCAGCUCAAGUGCCAAGCGACUGGAGGGUUAUACAUGGGGCGUCACGUACGGCGAGGGCUCCAGUGUUUCCGGAAUCGUGUACUCCGACACAGUCGUAAUUGGUGGGAUCACGGCGCAUAACCAGGCUGUCGAGGUCGCAACCAACGUCUCCGCCGGCUUCUCAAAUCGGGCAGAUGUAGACGGUGUUCUCGGCCUCGGCUUCAAAACCCUCAAUUAUGUCGAACCGACUCAGCAGAAUACCAUCUUUGACACGAUAAAGAGUCAGCUCGCCAAGCCGCUUUUCACCGUCGACUUGAAGGUCCGUCGACCUGGCAGCUAUGACUUCGGUUACAUCAAUCCGAAGAAGCACAAGGGCAUUGUCACUUACGUGCCGGUCGACACGGAUCCGGGUUACUGGAAGUUCACCGCCGGCGCAUACUCUGCAGGUAAGGGAAAGCCCGCUGGCAGUGUUGGCGUCGCCUUUCUCGACAGUGGCACCACGUUUCUUUGGCUUCCUGCGGAGGUGGUGACGGACUACUACUCCCAUGUUCCAACUGCGACGUACGACACCAGCAUCGCUGGAUGGACAUUUCCAUGCAAAGGAACAGUCCUGCCAGAUUUUCACGUGGUUGUCGGCAGCCAGACAUUCACGGUGCCCGGAAAAAUUCUCAACUACGGACCUGUCGACGAGGCAAACAGUCCUACGUGCUUUGGCCAGAUCGUCGAUAAUAAGGGAUUGGGAGGACAGACCAUCUUUGGGAUGGUCUGGUACAGGGCCAUCUUUGUUGUGCACGAUCUGAGUACUGGGUCUGCACGCUUAGGAUUCGCGCCGAAGUUUUUGAGGAGGGGCCGAGCGGUAGGGACGACGAGCUGA